AUGAGUAAACUGAUCCUGACGUGGCGAGACUGCAGCGACAUCAAGGACAAUCUUGUGUCGGUCGUCCCAAAGAUCCCCAGUGGUAUUUAUAUAGUCCAUCCAGACAACACCGACUCUUCCUUUGAGGUGUUCUGUGAGAUGGACUACAUGGGAGGAGGAUGGACAGUGAUGCAGAGGAGGACCGAUGGAUUAACUGACUUUAAGCGACCCUGGGCUGACUAUGCUGAUGGCUUUGGACACCUUGCAGGAGAACACUGGUUGGGCCUGAAGAAGGUGUUUCAUAUAAUAAACCAGAAAGACACUCGGUUCCAGCUUCACAUCGCUUUAGUUUCCCACGAUGACGUCACCUCUUAUGCGUCAUAUGAUGACUUCCGUCUCGACAAUGAAACACAGUUCUUCAGCAUACAUUUGGGCAGAUAUGCAGGAAGUGCAGGCGAUGCUUUCCGCGGCUACGACCAGGAUCAAAACCAGGACACGGCUCCGUUUAGUGCCUCGGAUGUGGACAAUGACGGCUGCAAUCCUUUCUGCUCCAUCGGCAACAGCACGGUGGAGAGCUGCAGCAUUCAGCAGAACCAGACUGGAUGGUGGUUCAACCAGUGCGGCCUGGCGAACCUCAACGGCUCCCCUGAGGAUGCAGAGCAGAACCAGGGUCAGAGGACACACAUCCUGUGGGACACCUGGAGGCAGAAGGGAGUCCCGCACACCAUCAAAUCUGUCACGAUGAAGAUCAGGAGGAUUGCGACCAAUAACUGACAGUUAGAGGAGGCAGAAUGUAGAUAUAACAACUGAAAGUGUUAAUAAAACAAUAGAAAUCUG